AUGGUCGAAUUUUAUCUACCCUGGCACACAAUACCGGCUGAAAACCAGCAUUUGAACUUACUUAUUGAAAAACUUUGUACUAUUGAACUGCGUGAACAAAGUACAAUGGAUGUAACUGCAUUGGUUGCGUAUAACUCACGAAAAAAGAUGUCAAAAGAGCGAGCAAAACAAAAAUUUCCGUGUAACAAAUGUAAACAACUAGGACACUGGGCAGCGGAGUGUCUACAGAACCCGCGUGACCGGCAAGAAGGGAAGGUGAGUGAAAACGCUGUGUUUACUUCGCGUGCCAUGGGUUCGUCUACUAUAAAUUAUAUUGACGUAAAUAAAUGGUAUUGUGAUAGUGGUGCUACGAAGCAUAUCACCCCGAAUAUAAAAUACUUCGUCUUGCACAGCGAAUUCGAUGUUCCUGAAGUGGUUUCAUUAGGAAGACAAGGUACUAACUACUAA